AUGGAAAAUUUUCCACAGUUCAAGAAGCCAUUGAUUCUGUGCCGGAAAACAAUACCAGGUGGAUACGAAUCCGUAUCAACCCUGGGAUUUACAGUGAAAAGGUCAUCGUCCCCAAAGAGAAACAUUUCAUCUUUCUCGAAGGAAAGAGCAGAAGAACAACGAUUAUCCAAUGGAGGGAUGCUGGGAACUCCAAAAACAGCUCUAGCUUUAUACUUCAUGCAGAUAAUUUUGCUGCAAAAUACUUACAACAUAUUAAUUCCAUCUAACAAUGGGACUCGUAUGACAUGGGCACCGGCAAUUCUAGUCGAUGCAGACAAAGUUUCUUUCUAUAAAUGCGGUUUCAGCAGCCUGCAAGACACGGUGACAGACGAUAGGGGCCGCCAUCUUUACAAAAAUUGCUUCAUUCAAGGUGCAGUAGAUUUCAUCUGGGGUGGUGGCCAGUCUGUUUUCCAGACAUGCGUUAUCAAUGUACUGGGAACAGCCCUAGGACUCGGGCCUGGUUUCAUCACAGCACAAGCACGAGGAAGCUUAGAGGAUCCCAGUGGGUUUGUGUUCAAAUUUGGACAAGUGAUUGGAACAGGCCAAACAUUUCUUGGAAGACCAUAUACAUCAUUUUCUCGAGCAUUUUUUGAGCUACUGAUCGAGUUAAUAGGGUUGUCAUGCAGGAAUACCGUCACAUUUGUGGAGGCGGAUUGCACGGGAGAAGGAGCAAACAAGGGAAAGCGGAUUCAGUGGCUAAAGAAGCUUAGUACAAAAGAUUUGAAUUUCUUUGUGAAGUCUCCAGAUUUCAUUGACAAAGAAAUGUGGUUGGAGAAAAUUCCUCUCCCACUCACAGAAGGAAAUUAA